GUCUUCCUAACCUCGAAGGAAUCAGGUGCUCCGUAAUAAUCUGAUGUAACCAAGAAAUAGAAACGUUCCAUGAGCGGAGCAAUCAACCGGUGACAGUAAUUGUUCUGAACCUAGUUAUUAAUUAAAAUUAAAAUGACGAGUUCGAAUGAAAAAGCCAGUGAUGAGAAUGUUGAAUACACGCCACCCCCGAAGAAGACGUAUCCUGACGAAAAGGGUGAACUCUGGGGUCACGAUUUAUAUCCAGAACGCAGGGGUUCCAAGAAAUCCUCGGUAAUGAAAACUCUGUUAAUGAAAGAGGGGGAUGAAAAUAUCGGUAAGUACCACUGUGAGAAAAAAGUCUACACAUGCCUGAAGAAACAUCCAGUCGUGAAGCUGAUGAUGGGAGCGCUCAGGGCCUCGGGAUGUCCAAUAGAUAUCAGGAGACACAUCACCUGCGAGGUGUGCGACAAAUCAGUGACAGGUGGUUAUGAUCCUGAGCUUAAUCAGAUAGUCGUCUGCCAGAAUACUGCGAAAAUCGAGGGAAUAAUCGGCAGCGUUUUGUCUCACGAGAUGAUACACAUGUUCGACUACUGCAGGAACAACCUCGACUUCAAGAAUCUCGACCACCUGGCCUGCACGGAGGUCCGAGCCGCCAAUCUCACGUACUGCAGCUUCAUGAGUGCCUUCAUCGACGGGGACGCCUCUUGGUUCAACCUGAGAAAAAGGCACCAGGAAUGCGUCAAGAGGCGAGCAUUGCUGUCGGUCCUGGCAGCCAGAGGAGUCACUCCAGAUGAAGCCAAAGCGGCUGUUGACAGAGUAUUCGAGAGAUGCUACAACGAUAUGGAGCCCGUAGGCAGGAGAAUACGAAGUUCCACUGACGACAUGCAAAAAGCUCUGUUCGAGGGCUCCCUUUUCGGCUACGAUCUCUAACUCUUCGGCAAUUAGUCAUUCAAUUUUUUUAAUGUAUGUAUUUCAAUCUAAUGUACAUACUCUGUACGAUUAUUGAAAUGAUAAAAAUAAAGAGCCAAACUGGAA